AUGGACCUAAAUGAAUCCUUUUUUGUUCAAGCUCUAGUCUGGUUUAGACUGUCGGGCCUUCCCUUAGAGUUCUGGGUGGAAGAUGUUUCUAAAGGAAUCUAUAGUUCUUUCGGUGAACUCCUUUCUAUGGAUCCUAUCACAGCGGCUAGAAGAAGACUUACUUUUGCCAGGAUCUAUGUGGGAGUUAUGCAAGGCACAGAUAUGCCCCUAUCCAUUGAGAUUAACUCUAGAUUGGGAAAAUGGAACCAACCAUUGGAAUAUGAAAGUGUCCCUUUCGCUUGUUUUCAUUGCAAAAAAGUGGGACAUACAGCAAGGAAAUACCCUCUUCAGGCUGUCAAAGAGAAAGAAAAGAAAGAAAAGGCAAUGCAAUGGAAAGCAAAAAACCCUAUUAAGCAACCUGAGGGGUUUGAAAAAGAGAAAAGGAUCGAAGAGGCCCAAAGUGUCAUCAUCCCUGAUAUGGUAGAACAACAAGAGAAUGUUAAUGUGGAUAACCUAGAAAUACCUUUGCUUGAAGAAAGUAAAAAGGAUCAAACAGGCAAAGACAAUAGAGAACAACAAGAUACCAAUCAGGAGGAUCAAAGAAUUCAUAACCUGGAAGAAGGAGAAAUACAGGUGGUGUUAUAG